AGUUAAGACACGGGACGGGCGCAGACGACGCACAUUUCCUCAUCCCUUCUCUCCUCUUCCUCUUCCCUACUCUUCAUCUCUCCUCUCCCACACACUCUUCUCCUCUCUCUCUCUCUCUCUCUCUCUCUCUCUCUCUCUCUCUCUCUCUCUCUCUCUCUGUCUCCUUGCAUCCAUCAUCCAUCCAUUUGCGUCUUUUGGAUACCUACCUCUCCUAGAGCGCGUGCUGGAUCAGUCCAUCCUCCUCAUUGUCAUCUUCGCUGUAGUCCUGCUGGAAGCUGUAUUUACAGUGAUGAUGCCCGGCUGGAAACGGCUCUUCAUCAUCACUGCUGGAUCCACAGACUGAAGUAACUUUCCUGUUGGAGCGUUUCCCUGCGUAAUGGAUUUAUUGUUGUCGGAGAAAAGUUGGAUUUCGUGAAGAGUACAGCGGACCCCUAACAUGGGCAGAAGAGGAGGGCGGUUUUAGAAAGGUGUUUUUUGGUUGGAAUCACACACGUGCGAGGAAAUGCACAGAGCGUGGAUACUCUUCUUUCUAAUAGAAGAGGGCUUCGCUCUGGCACAGAGAAGUAAAGAUGCCCCAGCGAGCAUGGCAUCCAGAGCUCCAACCAGAACGACUGUGGCACAUGGGUCCGCAACAUCAAUGGCGGGGUGUUCACUCGCCAAACUACCCAAACACGUACCCUCCCAACAAGGAGUGUGUGUACAUCCUGGAAGCUCUCCCCAGACAGAGGAUUCAGCUGGCUUUUGAUAAGAACUACUACAUCGAGCCAUCAUUCGAGUGCCGCUUCGACCACAUAGAAAUACGUGACGGGCCAUUUGGGUUCUCGCCUCUCAUUGAUCGCUUCUGCGGGGGAAAGAACCCGGGCCUGGUGACAUCGACAGGACGUUUCAUGUGGAUCAAGUUCACUAGUGACGAGGAGCUUGAAGGCCUCGGCUUCCGCAUCAAGUACACCUUCAUUGCAGACCCUGAUUUCCAUCUGCACGUGGGCGGACUGCUAAACCCCAUCCCAGACUGUCAGUUUGAAAUUGGAGGAUGGGACGGGGUUAUUCGCUCCAGUCAGGUUGAGGAGGAAGAGAAAGUGAAGCCUGGGGAUGCCUUGGACUGCAUUUGGACUAUCAGGGCCCCUCCUCAGUCAAAGAUCUACCUGCGCUUCAUGGAUUAUCAGAUGGAGCACUCUAAUGAGUGCAAGAAGAACUUUGUGGCCGUGUAUGAUGGCAGCAGCGCUAUCGAGAACCUCAAAGCCAAGUUUUGCAGCACUGUGGCAAACGACGUGAUGCUGGAUAACGGAGUGGGCGUCGUACGAAUGUGGGCUGACGAGAAGAGCCGACUCAGCCGCUUCCGCAUGCUUUUCACCUCCUUUGUUGACCCUCCCUGUUCAGCGAACACAUUUUUCUGCCACAGCAACAUGUGUAUAAACAACUCCCUGGUGUGCAAUGGGGUUCAGAACUGCGUCUACCCAUGGGAUGAAAACCACUGCAAAGAGAAACGAUCUAGAGGACUUUUUCAUCAGAUCACUAAGACCCACGGCACGGUCAUAGGCGUCUCAUCCGGCAUAGUUCUGGUUCUUCUGAUCAUCUCCAUCCUGGUCCAGAUGAAGCAGCCAAGGAAAAAGGUUGUAGCUCGCCGGCCUGGUGUUUUCAACAAGGCGGGCUUCCAGGAGGUGUUCGACCCGCCGCACUACGAGCUCUUCUCUCUUCGUGACAAGGAGAUAUCUUCAGAUUUAGCUGAUCUGUCUGAGGAACUGGACAGCUUCCACAAGCUGCGGCGCUCCUCAACCAUGUCCCGCUGCGUCCAUGAGCACCACUGUGGCUCACAGGGCUCGGUGGCCACAGGUGGUGGCAGCAUGAAACACAGCCGCACCACCCUAAGCUCCAUGGAGCUGUCCUACCACAACGACUUCUCCAAGCCUCCACCCAUGAAGACUUUUAACUCCACAGCCAGCUACAAGAAGAGCUGCUACGGCUACAAGCAGCACUCACAGACUCAUGACUGCGACCAGCAGGUCAUCGAGGACCGCGUCUCAGAGGAGAUCCCCGGUGAGAUCUACGUGCGCGGUGGAGGAGUGGGAGGAGGAGCCACAGGUGGAGGAGUAAUGGGAAUGGGAGGACCAUCAGGGAUUGCAGGAGGAGGGAUUGGAGGAUCUGUGGGGAUAGCAGGAGGAGUGGCAAUGUCAGGAGGGAUGGGGAUGGGAGGAGGAGUGAGCAUGGCGGGACCAAGUGGCAUUGCUGGAGGUAUCGGUCCUGGGAUGGCAGGAGCCUGUGGAACCCUCAGUAUCCGUGGCAACAGCGCUCGUAACAGUACCACCAUAGUUGACCCACAGCAGCGCUCCAUGUCCAUGGACUUCUAGACGCUGGGAGAGAGGAAGAAGAGGAGAGAGGGAGUGCAGAAAGUUUCACUCAUUAAAACAAGGAAAAGUGGAGAGAAGUCUUGAAUUGAUCAGCCCUGUUCUCUUCUGCCUUUGCUUUCAAAGCAAUAGUAUCACAGUGACAGUGAAGGAUCUGCUCUGAAGGAGGUUUCAGAAAUUUACAGACAAAAAUCAAGGAGCAAAAAGAGGACAGCAAGAAACUACAAAUCUUUUUUUAAGAUGCAGAAGGAUGUGGAGUGGCCAGAGGGUGGAGACAUUUCUCCUCCAUCUUAAAGUCAUUUAAUCUCUCCUUUUCUUAAAAAGAGGGUUCUCGCAUGCAGACCCAGACUUUUCUCUGUUUGGUAACCUUGGAGACCAGGUAACCAAUCAGAAACAAGGAGAUAGAGAGAGACUGGGAGUUUUUACAUUUAUUCACCUGCCAUGCACAGAUAUAUGAUAUUUGGUGCGUCUUCUAAUAAUUUGAUUCUUUAUUUUUGUCGGUGUACUGUACUGUUCAAACCAGUAUAUAUAUAUAUUAUAUAUCCAGCCUCGUGACGAUGCUUGGCUUUUAUCUCUUUAAUCUUUUUCAAAUGUUGCUGAGAUGAUUUUAUGAAGAUGACUCCUCCAUGACAUGUGGUAAUGAUGAAGAGAGAGACAAUGAUCAGAAAUAGGAGGAUGAUGAUCAUUAUGUGAUAAUACUAUAAUAAUUAUGUAGUUUUUCUUGUUACCUCACACUUACACAGAGGGUAUCACCGUUCAGUCUCUCCUCAGGAAGAGCACAUGAAGAGACUUAUUUUGGUAAGAAGUUAGAAAAAAAAAGUAUAUUUCUGCUAUUUCAGGCUAUGAAUGAUCAUUUGUGAAAUAGGAAUUUGGAUGCGAGGCCUUGACUGACUCAAAAUAGCAACCAUUCAACCCGUGAACCCCGUCGAUACCGAGAGAAAAUGUAAUUUCUCAACUUUCCCAUGAACUGAGUUUGUAAAACAAGCACAACCUGUUUUCCUUAAGAGAAAAACAUGUAGCCUGUAUGGACUCAUUUAUGAUUUAAACCACUGGUUGUAUAAUUUCAUUCUGUUGAAUUAAAUGAGAGUUUACUCA